AUGGUUCUGUGGUCUAGUUGGUUAUGGCAUCUGCUUAACACGCAGAACGUCCCCAGUUCGAUCCUGGGCAGAAUCAUUUUUUUGCUACGUAGAUCCAUUAAUUGUUCCAAUCAGCACGCUAAUUUGAAUAUCUUCAUCAAUGUUGGGGAAAGCAGGAGGGUCUUCCCUAGCAGAAGACUCUUCUCAAGCACUUCUUUUCUUUUGCUGAAGGUAUCCUUAACUUUCUUCACAAAAAAGACUUGCAUGCUAUGUACAAAUGCCAGAGUCGUUUUAACGUCUACAUUAGAGAAUAAUGCUCUCAAGACCAAAGAAGUAGAUUUAAAGGUUAUUGAUAUAAUGGAGCCGGAAAACUCUGAAUGGUUUGACAAGUACUGCUAUGAUGUUCCAGUACUUCACGUGGAUCGCCCUGAUCAGAAGAAGCCUGUCAAGUUCAUGCACUAUUUUUACGAGGAUAAGCUCGUAGAAGAGCUUACCAAGUAA